AUGCCUUCCCGACCACCGAUAUCUUGUUUGUCAUUAUUUAUUUAUUUUCUCUUUCAUUCUUUCUUUCUUUCUUUCUUUCUUUUUUUCUGUCUUUCGUUCUUUUCUUUCUUCUCUUUCUUUCUUUGCCAUUGUUUCUGUCACUUUUUCUUUCUUUCGCCUUUAUUCCUUUGUACUCUUUCUUUCUUUCUUUUCUUUUUUUUCUUUCUUUUCUUUCUUUCUUUGCCAUUGUUUCUGUCACUUUUUCUUUCUUUCGCCUUUAUUCCUUUGUGCUCUUUCUUUCUUUCUUUCUUUCUUUCUUUCUUUCUUUCUUUGCCAUUGUUUCUGUCACUCUUUCUUAUUAGCAAAGUUUUUAGGUUCCAUUCCUUUUACCUUUUCCUCCUUUCUUUCCUUUACCAUUUCUUCAUUAUCCCACUAGGAACACCAAGUUCCCGAUUCGAUUAUCACAUAGACAUUAUUUCUCCCCCCCCCCAAAAAAAAAUGUCCGAAAUUGUCACACCUGAUGCAUUAAUAUUCAAACUGAUCGCCUCCAUAAUAUCGAAUGAAGAUCAAAGAACUUCACGUCAUUAUUUCUUUUCUUUCACAAACUACCCCCCACCAUUUUUCCUCUUCUUUUUAUCCUUCCAUUUUUUUCCGAUUCUUGUGGGUGGCCACUUCAUUAUCUGUCCCUGCCUUUUCACUAUCUAUUUUAGUCUGUUCAUAUCUAUCUAUCUAUCUAUCUAUCUAUCUAUCUAUCUAUCUCAUUUAUUCAUAAUAUUCUCUACUUUAUCACACCAAGCCCGCCUCCAUUUUUCAUCAUCACUUCUCGAUCUGCAACAUCAGAAUGGCUUUGAAUCUAGUUACCGUGUUGAAUCUGUCUUUCUUUGGGGCGCUUAUCUCUACAGCAACGUAAAUUCUGUGUAA